AUGAUCCUGACAUGGCUUAAUUUCCAGGGAGAAGGAGAUCUUCCACCCAAGCAAAUAUCCACAGUUCUCCAGCUCAGAGACAAGAGUAAAGCCAGUUACUACCAAGACCCAAAGCCUAGCAAUAGUGAAAGAUCUCAAGAACUCUUCAACUCUAAGGUAAUAGAGAAGAAUGCUGAUCCUGAAGUAAAUCUACUACACUACUUGAGGAAAGUCAUCCACCUCAAUGGCACCAAAUACAGCUGCGGGGAAGGAGGUUGUGGUGCCUGCACUGUCAUGGUGUCUAGAUACGACCCCAAGACCAAGAAGAUUCGCCAUUAUUCAGUCACUGCAUGCCUGGUGCCCAUUUGCUCUCUGUAUGGUGCAGCUGUUACCACCGUGGAAGGUGUAGGAAGCAUCAAGGCCAGGAUCCACCCCGUUCAGGAAAGACUUGCCAAGUGUCAUGGCACCCAGUGUGGCUUCUGCAGCCCAGGAAUGGUGAUGUCCAUCUACACACUGCUCAGAAACCACCCAGAGCCAAACAAUGACCAGAUCAUGGAAGCUCUUGCAGGAAACCUGUGUCGCUGUACAGGAUAUCGACCAAUUAUUGAAAGUGUAAAAACUUUCAACAAUAAAUCAAUAAAAGUUUGUCCAAUAAAAGGAUCUGGUGAAUGCUGCAUGGAUCAAGAAGAGAAAUCUUUAGAGAAAGCACCAGAAAAGAUGUGCACCAAACUGUAUAAUGAAGAAGAGUUCCAGCCCUUGGAUCCAUCCCAAGAGCCGAUAUUUCCUCCUGAACUGAUUAGAAUGGCUGAAGACCCCAACAAGAGGAGGCUGACUUUCCAAGGAGAAAAGAGCAUCUGGAUCACCCCUGUGACCCUGAAUGACCUUUUGGAGACAAAAGCCAAGUUCCCUAAUGCCCCCCUCAUCAUGGGGAAUACUACAGUAGGACCCAAUAUUAAAUUCAAGGGUGAAUUUUACCCAGUUUUCAUAUCUCCACUUGAGCUUUCAGAAAUGAAUUUUGUGGACACCAGAGAUGAUGGAAUCAUAAUAGGUGCAGGUUGCACCCUGGCCCAGUUGAAGGAAGCUUUGCAAUUCAUUGUUUCGGAACAACUAAGGGAGAAGACUAAAACCUGCCGCGCCCUCCUGAAGCAUCUGAGAACUCUUGCUGGAUCCCAGAUUAGGAAUAUGGCGACUAUAGGAGGACACAUGGCUGGCAGGCUUGAAUUUUCAGACUUAAAUCCUAUUUUAGCUGCAGCAAAAGCUACCAUCAAUCUGAUAUCUAAAGAUGGAGAGCGGCAAAUUCCAUUAGAUGGCCCCUUUCUUGAAAGAUCACCUGCAGCCAACCUGAAGCCAGAAGAGGUUAUAUUGUCUGUUUUUAUUCCCCACUCUUCUCAGUGGCACUUUGUGUCAGGUCUUCGGCUGGCCCAGCUUCAGGAGAAUGCCUUUGCCAUUGUUAAUGCUGGCAUGAGUGUGAAGUUUGAAGAUGGCACCAACACCAUAAAAGACCUUCAAAUGUUCUAUGGAAAUGUUGGACCCACAGUUGUAUCUGCUAGUCAGACCUGCAGGCAACUCAUUGGAAAGCAGUGGGAUGACCAGAUGCUGAGUACAGCCUGCCAGCUGGUCCUGGAAGAGAUUUCCAUCCCUCCAACAGCUGAGGGGGGUAUGGUAGAAUAUAGGAGAACCCUCAUCAUCAGCUUACUCUUCAAGUUCUACCUCAAAGUGAGACGAGAACUGAAUCAAAUGGAUCCACAGAAAUUUCCUGACAUUCCAGAAAAUUUUGUGAGUGCUCUGAAAGAUUUCCCUAUAGAAGUACCCCAUGGGAUUCAGAUGUUCCAGUGUGUGGACCCCCAUCAGCCCCAACAAGACCUAGUUGGUCACCCAAUAAUGCACCAGUCAGCCAUUAAACACACCACAGGGGAAGCGGUGUACAUCGAUGACAUACCCCCUAUUGCCGAAGAGCUCUUCUUGGCCCCGGUCACCAGCUCCAGAGCUCAUGCAAAGAUCAUAUCAAUUGAUAUUUCAGAAGCUAUGGAACAUCCAGGAGUUGUUGAUGUGAUAACAGCAGAAGAUGUUCCAGGAGAAAAUAACCCUCAUGGAGAGAUUUUAUAUGCACAGAAUGAGGUCAUUUGUGUGGGUCAGAUUGUUUGCACUGUGGCUGCAGACACCCAUGCUCAUGCAAAAGAAGCGGCCAAAAAGGUGAAGAUUGCUUAUGAGGACAUUGAGCCAAAAAUUAUCACCAUAGAGCAAGCCCUAGAGCACAAUUCCUUUCUUUCUCCUGAGAAAAAAAUUGAGCAAGGAAAUGUAGAGCAAGCCUUUAAAAAGGUUGAUCAAAUCAUUGAAGGUGAGGUCCACGUGGAAGGACAGGAACAUUUUUACAUGGAAACGCAAACCAUCCUGACUAUUCCUAAAAAGGAAGAUAAUGAAAUGGUGCUACAACUGGGAACCCAGUAUCCAACCCAUGUGCAGGAUUGUGUGGCUUUGUCACUAAAUGUCCCAAGAAAUAAAAUAAGAUGUGAAAUUCUAAGAGCUGGAGGAGCAUUUGGAGGGAAGGUGACCAAGCCUGCACUACUAGGAGCUGUCUGUGCUGUGGCCAGUUACAAGACUUGCCGCCCAAUCCGGUAUAUUCUAGAGCGUUGUGACGAUAUUCUGAUAACUGCUGGCCGACACCCACUACUUGCAAAAUACAAAAUUGGAUUCAUGAACAAUGGGCUAAUCAAAGCUGUUGAUGUUGAAUAUUAUGUCAACGGUGGAUGCACUCCUGAUGAGUCUGAGAUGGUGACAGAAUUCAUCACUCUGAAAUCAGAAAAUGCCUAUUAUAUCCCUAAUUUCCGAUGUCGGAGUAGAGCUUGCAAAACAAAUUUGCCAUCCAACACUGCCUUUCGAGGAUUUGGCUUUCCCCAGGGUACAGUGGUAGUUGAAGCUUAUGUCACUGCAGUGGCAUCCCAGUGCAACUUACUUCCUGAAGAGGUUAAAGAAAUCAACAUGUAUAAGACAAUAAGCAAAACAGCCUUCAAGCAGACUUUUAAUCCAGAGGCCUUGCGAAGAUGCUGGAAAGAAUGCUUAGAGAAAUCUUCAUUCUAUCACAGGAAACAGAUUGCUGAGGAAUUUAAUAAAAACAAUUACUGGAAAAAGAGGGGGCUUGCCGUGAUUCCCAUGAAAUUUAGCAUUGGUAUUCCCGUGGGCUACUAUAACCAGGCUGCUGCUCUAGUCCACAUCUAUCUUGAUGGCUCUGUCUUAGUGACACAUGGUGGCUGUGAAUUGGGUCAAGGACUUCACACCAAAAUUACUCAGGUUGUAAGCCGGGAACUAAACAUUGACAAGUCGUACAUACACCUGGCCGAGACCAGCACGCUCACAGUGCCCAAUGCUGUCUUCACCGCAGGCUCGAUGAGCACAGACAUCUUUGGGAAGGCCGUACAGAAUGCCUGCCAAAUUCUUAUGUCUCGCCUGCAUCCAGUAAUGAAGAAAAACCCUAAAGGAAAAUGGGAGGAUUGGGUUGCAAAAGCAUUUGAAGAAUCCAUCAGUCUCUCAACAACUGGAUAUUUCAAAGGCUACCAGACAUACAUGGACUGGGAGAAGGAGGAAGGACACGCUUAUCCGUAUUGGGUCUAUGGAGCAGCCUGUUCAGAAGUGGAGAUUGACUGUCUGACUGGGGCAUAUAAGCUCCGUCGAACUGAUAUCUUUAUGGAUGCAGCUUUCAGCAUAAACCCAGCCCUGGACAUUGGACAGGUUGAAGGAGCUUUUAUCCAAGGCAUGGGACUAUAUACCACAGAAGAGCUGAAGUACUCUCCAGAAGGUGUGCUUCACACUAAGGGUACAAAUGACUACAAAAUCCCCACUAUCACCGAAAUUCCAGAAGAGUUCUUUGUCACUUUGGUACAUUCCCGCAAUCCCAUAGCCAUCUACUCAUCCAAGGGAUUGGGUGAGGCUGGAAUGUUCCUGGGAUCUUCUGUGUUGUUUGCCAUCUACGAUGCCAUAGCUGCUGCCCGAAGAGAGAGAGGCUUGACCAAGACCUUCACUCUGAAUAGUCCAGCCACUCCAGAGCUGGUUAGGAUGGCAUGUAUGGAUCAGUUUACAGGCAUGAUUCCCAGAGAUGACCCUUCCACAUUUACGCCUUGGUCCAUCCAUGUGUCUUGA